GAUAAACCAGGACCUGCAGAAUACGAUGUGUCAACAAAGUGGUUUAAAAUCGAUCCCAGAGCAAAGAGUGUGGAACCCAAACCAUUUAUAUCCGGAGCCGAACGAUUGAAGUCAAAAAAAGAAGAUGGAAUUCCUGCACCUUGUCAAUAUAACGUUACUAGCGACGUUUACAAUAAAAAGCAUUUUUCUACAAUUUGUGCUCCAUUUGCUGUAAAGGACAACCGAUGGCAUUCUAAACAUACGGAUAACGCACCAGGUCCGGGUCAUUACGAAAUUAAAGGGUUUGUGGACCAGAAUAUGGAUAAGAUAUUCAACAAAUAUUCUCUAGUAGAAGUGGGCUUUGGUACCCUUGCCGAGAGGGAUACAUUAAAUAUUGGCGAUGCUAUAUGCUUGCCUGGACCAGGAUAUUACGAUAUCAAAAAGGAGUCGUUCGAAGAAGCGAAAUGUACUGCAUCCGUUUUCAAAUCGAAAUCGACAAGAUUAAAAGAAGAUUGUUCG